AUGGACAAAAGUUGGAUGCAUAUAACUGACCGAUUUAGGUCCACAAAAUAUCGGGAAGGGGUACAUCAAUUCAUUACAUUGGCCCAAGCUCAUGCAACAACAAACAAUAUUAGGUGUCAUUGUCGUAACUGUCGUAAUAACUUCUUCCAGACUAUAGACUUGGUGCAAAGACACCUAUUCACUAUAGGAAUUGAUGAAAACUACACCGAAUGGAUUUUCCAAGGCGAGGAAGAAACUUGGGAUGCUAAUGACAUUGAUGAUGAAGUCAAUGAAGUGCAAAAUGAUGACUACGUUGAUGACAUGGAUGAAAUGUUAGAUAAUAUCCAGCUUGGAUCAUUUACAAAUGUGGAGCAAGUUGAAGGGUCUACCAGUGAAGGACCCACCUAUGUUGACCCAAGGGCAAAACGUUUUGACCAAUUAUUGGAAGAUGCUAAACGUCCAUUCUAUCCAGGAUAUGCAGUUUUGCCUGAAUCAUAUCGCGAGUCACGAAGGAUGGAGCAGGCCCUUGGUUUUGGUUACAUAAAAAUUGAUGUAUGUCCAAAUGAUUGUAUACUAUACUGGAAGGAAAAUUCUGACAGGCAUGAUUGUCCCAAAUGUAGUAUGUCAAGAUGGGUAACCCGCACCACUAAACAGAAAAAAAUCCCCCACAAAGUUCUUCGAUAUUUUCUAUUAACACCAAGAUUGAAAAGGUUGCUCAUGUCGAAAGAUACAGCUGUAGCCAUGUGGUGGCACAAAGAAGAAGGCAUCGAUGAUUCGAAUGUGAUGAGACAUCCACGUGAUUCAGUUGGGUGGAAGGAAUUUGAUCAAGAGCAUCUAUCAUUUUCUCUUGAUGCUCGUAAUGUGCGCCUUGGUCUAGCCGGUGAUGGAUUCAACCCUUUUAAUAAUAUGAGUAAACCUUAUAGUGCGCCAGGCAAUGAAAUCGAUGUGUAUUUGCGGCCUCUUAUUGAUGAAUUGAAUGACUUGUGGGAAAAUGGUGUUGAGACGUAUGAUGCAUCGAGAAAACAAUCUUUUCAAUUACAUGCAGCAUUAUUAUGGACGAUUAAUGACUUCCCCGCAUAUGGAAAUCUUUCUGGGUGGAGCACGAAAGGAAAAUUCGCAUGUCCAACUUGUAAUGCUAACACUGAAUCUUUGUGGUUGAAAUAUGGUCGAAAACAUUGUUAUAUGGGCCAUCGUCAUUUCCUAUCUCCAGAACAUACUUGGAGGAAGAAAAAGGCUAAUUUUAAUGGCAAUACUAAUCACCGCACCCCACCUUCUGAAUUAUCUGGCCAUGAUUUACUGAAUCAACUAAGUAAUGUUGGGAUGUAUUAUUUGGAAAAUGUGGAAGGAAGAGAAAGCGAAGACCCGAUGAAUUGA